UAGACCAAAUGCAUUAUGAGUUUUAAUGUAAAGUUAAAAGUUAGUAGUUUGUUAAGGUCUCUCAAUCAUAAUCUGAUUGUCAUUAGUAACAACUCCUCAACUACUGAUCCAAUGAAAUCUCACAUUCAUAUUAUCACAUUAGUAUAUUGCGUUUGCUGAAUCGAAUCUGAAUGGAGACGCUGCUACUACUACCACUAACAACACCAUCAUCAUCAUCAUUAUCAUCCAACAACAACUAGUUAGAGAUUAAUAGUUUCUCAAAUUAAUCAUUGACUUGUUAUUUAUUUAAACAUGGCCAGCUGAAGGCCUACUUGGUCAUAUUAUAUAUUUCACCAGUUCACCUCCCUCUCUCUAUAACUCUGCAUCUCUCAUCUUAAGCCAUAAAACCCACAAAGGAUCGAUGAGCUUUUUUGGAGGGAAUACUAUUGCAUGAGCUGCUGCAAACUGCAAGGAAUUCUUACCCGAAAUAUACUAGCUGCAAGGAUUUCUUGCUAGAACAGAGAGAAUAUACUGCGAAAAUGACUGCAGGAAGAACGUAUGUUUUGAUUUUCUUCUUUUGGGCUGUCAUCACUAUAAUCACUCCAACUCUGAUUCAUUUGUCUGCUGCUGCUAAAUCCGCAAUUUUGUUGUCUCAUCAAACCAAAGUUGAAGAAUCAAUUAAAGCAAGCGGGAUGAUAAUAUCUAAUUAUUUGGAGAGAAAAGUAUUAUCAAGAAGAGCACCAAUUGAGCGGAAACCAGAACCGGAAAUGGCGUCGGCAACAACACUAGCACCGACACCUGCACCUGAACCUGAACCUGUGGAAGGGGGAUCUCUCCAGUCUGACUAAUUAACAAAUGAUCACUUAUGGGUAAAUUCAAUGGAGGAAGGGGAAGUACAAUGUAGGAAGGAUUGUAAUUAGUGUAAUUUAAUCAGAAAUUCUAACUAUACUGACAAUAUGUUUGCUUAUUUACAUAA